AUGUAAAAUUCCAUUACUUUAUGUUGGUGUCAUAUUUGCAAAAAACAAUUUGAAUCCUAAGUUACAUCAGAUCUUAUAAAAUGCGCAUUUUGCUAAUAAGAAUUUUGCGAAGUUAUUGACCCUUAAAAUGAUCCCAGGGGUUUUAUACCCUAUGGAGAAAACCAAUAAUAGAGACAAUCAUAAACUCAACUAAUACAACAAUAACAACCUUAAACUAUCAUUCACAUUACUAGGAACCAAAUUCCCAUCAGAUUUCAAUAGAGAACUAACCUGUUUGAUAAUCUACUUUAAUUAAUGUUUCCGAAUACUCAAUUUCAACCUGGGCAAUCUUUAGAAUAGCUUAUUGAUUUUAUCAGCCAAAAUGAUCCUAAUAGAUACGGAUCCCCUCCUGCCUCUUAAAUUGCAAUAGAUUCACUCCAAAAAAUUAAUUUAUAAUCUGAGUGUUGCACUGUUUGCCAAGAGGAAUAUUAAACCUAAGAAGCCGUAUAAAUGCCUUGUCAACAUCAUUUUCAUUCGGAUUGCCUAAUCCCAUGGUUAAAACAACAUAAUAGCUGUCCAGUAUGUAGAUUUGAAUUAAUAACAGAUGAUGAUGACUACAACAAGAGAAAAAACUUAAAGUGA